AUGUUCCGUUUGAUGCUGACGGUCAUUCUGCUACUGGUCACCUCUGUUGGUGGUAGUCCUCACGUACACAAACACCAACAUAAGGACAAAGUGAUCGCUCGAGCGACCACUUCAACACCUGAUGCUAACUUGUCUUUCUUUCCGGGCCCUGUUACCCCAUGCUCUGGUCCUGGUUGUGCUACCGCUGGUCCGCCCUCAUCACGUCUAUGUCCCGCCAACAACGACACUGCUUGGACUGGUUCUUCAACCGCACAGGAUUACACCGUGAUCUGUGACAUUGACUUUCCAGCAACAUACAACAUCUACCCCUUUGUUCUUGCGGGCUCAUUUGAGGAAUGCAUGGCCCAGUGCGAGUCAUUCAACGCUAAGAGGGACAGAGGUGAAAUUCACUGUGAAGGCUUUGUCUUUGCACCAGGACGUGUUCUCUCUUCCGAUGACUGCUACCUCAAAUCAUCGUUGGAUCAUCCUUCUUCCGCUACAAUCUCUCUGAUCGGCACUCCUUCCGCUACACCAGCUGCUUCUUCGUCUUCAAGUGUUUUUUCUCCUCCCAAGUUUGUGCGAUCUCAACUUCAUGGAGCAUCUGUCAAUCAUCCGACCACUAAAUGGGUCUACCAUGAGCCUGCAAAGCCCAUGAAACUUGAGGAUAAUCUACUCAAGCCUGGCAUCAACGUUGAUCUGAUCACCAAAUUUGAUAUUGCGAGUGAUACUGGGCCUCUCACUUCAGCUUUAUCACCUCUAAAUGACGAGCUCGUCGAUCUCUCCGUCGUUCCACAUAUUUCCCGAGACGGUGGUAAGGGAGGUGAGCUUAACGGUCACCAUCUCUUCAUCUUUUGCGAUACAGCAUCUUUCACCACCACAAAUGAGACUCACAAAGGGGAUAUGGUCGGCUUCACUUCCAGUUCGGUCGCUGUUGAUGAGGGCUGGAAUGGCAUCUCGGGUAACUCCCUCUCCCUUGUUGACGGUAUCGGUCAAUGGAACGAUGACGUCGGACGUAUGCGCGGUUUCUCACCAAUGACGCAUGGAGAAGAGUCCUUCAACAUUGUGCUCUCUGGAGGCGGGUAUCGUUACGCCGUCUGGCCAACUUCUUCGAUCAUUUCUCUCAACAAGACUCAUGCUAUACAAUAUGCCUCUUUGAUAUAUGAUGAAGUCAACAUGUUCACUCAAGAGGCCAAAUUCACCGCCUUGGGCAAUACCCUUCUGACCAUAUCUGUUGAUGAGCAUUACGGUCCAACUGCCGAGCGUACUGUCAAGCAGAUGUUCAGUCUGGCUGAAGUCAAGUGGGGUACUAUUGGUGGCAUUCGUUCUUGGGGCUCGGAAGGCAUUGGCGGCAUGGAUGGUAAAGUGUACCUGUUUGGACAGGCACCGCAAGGUGUUCUUGUCGCUCGUACUGACCCUUCCAAAGUUGCGGAUAAAGACUCAUUUGAGUACUGGGCCGGUUCGACCUGGACCUCUGGCCAACUGCCCCCAACCGCAACCUCCUUCCUGAUCGAACACCCCAUCAUGGACUUCGACCUCUUCUACUCCCCCUACCACAAGACCUUCAUCAUGGUCUACCUCACCCCACACGGAGACAACACUUUCUACUACCGCUCCCUGCAGGCACCGCACCCCAUCAUCCCCGCCUACACAACCCCAAAUGCUGACAUCCCCGACUACGACUACGUGUCGGAAAUCCUCCUCCACCCCUGGUCCGAAGAGCAGACCCUCUACAAAGCCGCCAUCCCGCCAUCAGGGAAUUUCAUCUACGCCGGCGGUGUCCAUGCCGGAUACUUUGGUGACGAGGACAUCACAAAAGGUGGGAAGAAGAUGUUGAUUUCCUGGACGGAGCAAACCGGUGAGGAUGCAAAUACUCCCAAGAGCGGGUACGCGCAUAUGACCGCUGGUGUGGAGAUGGAGUAG